AUGACAGUGGAAACGGCAUUUGCUAAUGUGGAGGCGUGUCCUGUGGAUCCAGUUAUGGAUAUCAUGGAUAAAUACUCCCGGGACACCUAUCAGAAGAAAAUCGAUGUAUCUGUUGGAGUGUACAAAUCGGAAGAUGGUUCUGUCUUUACAUUGCCCUCUAUUAAGGAGGCGAAAAGACGACUUGCUGCCAAUGAUCCUGGUCAUAGCUAUACCAAUAUGAGGGGAAUUCCUGAGUACAUUGAAGGAGCUAGAAAAGUGAUUUUUGGACCUGCAACCUCGACAACAAUUGCAUCUGUGCAGACAAUAUCUGGUACUGGUGCCAUACACAUGGGCAUGGCAUUUCUCAAUAAAAUCCAGAGAACCAAGUACGUUAUUGGAGUUCCAGCAUGGGAUAAUUAUAUACCCAUGGUCAAGCAUAUGGGAGGUGAAGUUCAGACAUAUAGGCACUACGAUCCACAAACGGGAAGAGUUGAUUUUGAUGCUUUGCUCACCGCAAUUAGAGAGGUACCUGCUGGAUCAGUUUUUAUUUUGCAAGCCUGUUGUCACAAUCCUACCGGUGCUGAUUACUCUAGAGAACAGUGGGAACAAAUUGCGUCUGCCAUUUCCAAGUACAAUCACUUUACAUUGUUUGAUAUUGCUUAUCAGGGAUUAGCAAGUGGUAGUCUUGAUGAAGAUGCUUGGCCUGUUCGCUACUUUAUGGACCAAAAAAUGGAAUUUAUGGUGUGUCAAUCGUUUUCCAAAAACUUGGGUCUCUACAGUGAACGAGCAGGAUGCUUGCAUGUUGUCGGGCGUGAUUCGGUACAUGUUCAGAAUGUUCAGUCUCAAUUGGUAUCUCUCUUCCGCUUGGAAUGCUCGUUUGCACCUGCUUUUGGAGCUCGGUUGGUGGCUCAAAUAACCAACGAUGAGAAAUUGAGAUCACAAUGGCUUGAAGAAGUUUUCCAGAUGUCUGCAAGAAUUAAAAAAAUCAGGCAUAUUAUUAUGGACAAACUUGUGAAGCUUGAAACUCCUGGAAAAUGGGACCAUGUUGUCAAACAAAAGGGCAUGUUUUGGUAUUCUGGAUUAUCACAAAAUCAAGUCCGCAUGUUGAUUGAUGAUUAUCAUGUGUACAUGACUCUUAAUGGUAGAGUGAAUGUCACUGGGUUAAAUUCUAGCAAUAUCGAUUACUUUUGUCGGUCGAUAGACCAAGUGGUUAGAACUACAUCGAAAUAA